AUGAUCAGUUUGACUACCUUUCUCUAUGUGUACUUGUUCGGUGGAGUCACAUUCCCUUUGAUCGUCGCUUAUCUGUUGUUUUGGGCUGCUCCAGAAGCUACUAAACCUGGAACAUCAAGCGAACCGGAGCUUUUAGUACCAAAUGUCGAUCCUGAACUGAAACUUGGUCACUUUGAAGAACUCAAAGGUGUUGAGGUACUCAAGAAAGGUUGGAUAACGGUCACAAUCAAAUAUUACUAUCACUUCUCAGAGCUUUUGCAAACUGAGGAUGGAAACGAGAGCAUGCCAACACGAGACAAAUUGAAACGGAAACAUAAGUUUUACGGCGUUCUUAAACACGGGAAUCUUUUUCUGUAUAAGGACGAUUCAUCAGAUGCUAGUGUUGCACAUGUAAUAGUACUGAAGGAUAGUUUUGUCUCGCUGUGGCCUCGUACUGUUCACAAUGAAGCGCCAGACGCCUCUUUGUUUGCUAAAAAAAUGUGCAUAGCGAUUUUCAAACACGGUGCAGCACAUACCGACCAAGGAGGUAGACUUCAAAUAUCCACGCAGCUUCACAGCUCCGAAAAAUUGGACCAUUUUUUUGUAUACGUUACCAACAACGUCGACAAAGAGGACUGGUAUUUUGCCCUGUUGAAUGCAUCCAAAGUUACAGAGCCGAAACCAGAUUUAGACUACUCGGAACAGCAACUGAAUCCAAAUAUAACCGCCCGAACGGCCCAUUUACCUACACGGGACAUGUUGUAUUUGAUUCAAAAUCUUAACUCCAAUGAAGGCCAACUUACUACAAAAUGGCUCAAUGCCCUCAUUGGCAGACUGUUUCUAGGCCUUGAACAAACUGAAACACUUUCGGAAUAUUUACGCGAAAAGGUGUACAAGAAGCUUACAAAAAUCAAUAAACCAGGGUUUUUGGAUGAUUUUGUCAUCGAUCGUGUAGACGUUGGACAUGCGGCGCCUUUAUUCACACAUCCAACUUUAAGAGAGCUCACGCCGGCGGGGCUUACCAAAAUCGGGUUUCACAUGUUUUACAAAGGUGGUUUAUCUCUGAUUGUCUCCACUAAAGCCAACAUAAAUCUAGGAUCUCGAUUUAAGCCCAGAGAAGUCACCCUCAAUCUUUCAAUCACAAUCAAGGAACUCAGCGGACCAAUGCUGGUUCUCAUAAAGCCACCGCCUUCUAAUCGAAUUUGGUACAGCUUUGAGACUGAACCCUUCAUGGAUAUGGAUGUUGAACCCAUCGUAAGCACAAAGCAAUUAUCAUAUAACAUGGUCACUAACGCCAUCAAAAGCAAGUUUCGUGAAGCUAUCAGAGAGUCUCUUGUAAUGCCAUACAUGGAUGAUAUUGUUUAUCACAAGACAACCACUGAUUUUUACAGAGGGGGAAUCUGGGAACACGUAAAAAGUCAAAGUGCAGCUGCUAGUGAAAGUGUUAACGAAGUGGAUCCAUCUUCGGAUACUGAAAGUGGUGGUAUGUUUAUGGAAGACAAAGAAAUAACUGGUCACAACAAAGUUUCUGAUGACGCAGAAGUACGCUCUCGGACUUCGUUAGAAUCGUCUGAUGGCAACGAAAAAGCACGCGCUUCUCAAACUGAUGCCACGGAGCACACAUCGGUUCGUCAAAAAGCGCUGCAAAAAGUUAACACAUUCAAAUCAAUCUUAAAGUCCCAUAAUGCAUCAAGUAAUGGGGUUGAAGAAGAACUUGAAGAGGAGUUAGGUGAGGAAGCCUCACUCAAACCUCGAAACUCAUCCGAUUCUCACUAUUCAGCUCUAAAGGAAGAGGCAAUGGUAUCGAAAAAAUACAUCAACGCCGGGAUCAAAAAGGUUGGGAAAUGGUAUAAGGAAAGUAUUUCACAAUCUGCUGAGCACCAAGACCAGCAUGAAGAAAAGGUGUCCUCAUCGGAGAAAAACUUGACAAUGAUCAGCAACCGCAGGUCCCUUCCAAAAACAAAAGAAAAAGAGGCCCCUCCUGUGUAUAAUAUCGAUAGUAGACGAACUUCGGAUGCGGCGGAAAUGUUUGCCAGAAGCAAAAAUAGGUCUGCGUCCAGUACUUCUGGGAACGGUACUCCGGUAAACACUUCGCAUGUGUUCUCCCAUACUCCGCCACAUUCACCCCACGUUUCGUCCCGCUGGCCCAGUCAGGAUUUAACCGUCGAAAAGUCGUUGAAAGAAGGCAAUCAGAGCGCCAAAGAGACCGAAGAGGGACCCUCAAGUAACAGGCCUCCAGUAAAUUCGGUAAGCGGCACUUUUCAGAAUUCUGAUGUGGAAACAGUCACUGAUGAUAAGGAUGUCGCACGUUUUUUUGAAUCUGGCAGCACCGAUCAAUUCCACAUCUCUUUACAAGAACUUAACAAACGGAGGCCUGUUCCUCCACCCCCAGGGACCGUAAGUUUUACUGCUGAGGAAAAAUGA